AUGGCACUUGUCGAAGUCUCCCCUACUACCACUACCGACUUCGUUACUGCACCCAAUACUCUCCACGACGUAAUCGCUCAAGCUGUUGACCGGUAUCCGUUGCACGAGCUUGGUUUCAUAACCUCCUCGGCACAUGACUCCUCUAUUCACACGAUGACCUUCAGCGCGUUCAACCAAUAUGUUCGCAACCUUGCACGUGCCAUGCUCGACUGGGGCAAACCCACAGGCUCAAUUAUUGUCGUAUAUUUGACAGAGCACGAAGAUAACAUGGCUGCUGUCUGGGCGUGUCUGUUGGCUGGUUAUUUGCCCUGCUUGCAGCCCACACUUAGCGCACAACAGGCGCACAAGGAGGGUCAUGUCGCCCAUAUCAAGGACUUGUUUGGAUCUGCAACUUGGCUGACCAGCAAGCUUGGGGCUGAGCAGAUCAGCUCCAUUCCUGGUCUGGAGGUUCACCUGCUCUCCGAAUUAAAAUCAUCGGGGCAGAAAAUCACCGUUGCAGCUGACUGGGUUGCAUAUGAGGCUAAACCAGACGACGAUGCCAUCCUGUUCCUGACCUCGGGCUCAACUGGGUUCUCGAAGGCGGUCGUCCACACGCACCGUACCCUCCUUUCUGCAUGCCGCUCCCAGGGGCAACACUACGACCUGACCUCCGAAUCUCGAGUUCUUAACUGGGUCGGAUUUGAUCAUGUCGCGGGAUUGUUGGAAUACCACAUGACACCUCUGCUAUAUGGUGCUUCGCAACUCCAUGUGCAUGCAUCUGUUGUUCUUACCGAUCCCCUUCGGUUGCUCCGUCUGAUCGACGAAAAGUCAAUCGAAUUGACUUACGCUCCGAACUUCCUGCUCGCCAAGCUCACUCGUGAUCUGGGGAAGCGCGCCGACCACUUCGGGUGCUUUGACCUGUCCUCUUUCAAGCGGAUUGACAGCGGAGGUGAAGCUAAUGUUUCCAAGACCGCGCAAGCCUUUGUUGCUAUGAUGAAAAAGUUUAGCAAGAACCCCUCUGCGGUGUCCUUGGUCGUCGCCGCUGGGUUUGGAAUGACAGAAACUUGCGCCGGAUGCAUUUACAACUACCCGGUGGAUGUCCUCGCAACCGAGCCUGUUCGCGAGUUCCUUGAUCUCGGGCGUCCCCUCGAUGGUUGCGAGAUGCGUAUCACGGAUCCCGCCGAUGGUGUCACCCUGCGCCCCGAUGGGGAGAGCGGCGAGCUUCAGAUUCGUGGGCCGAUGGUAUUCGUACGCUACUACAACAACACCGAGGCUACAUCCUCUAGCUUUGUCGAGGGCGGCUGGUUUCGCACUGGCGAUGUUGGCAUCAUCGAGAAUGGUGUCAUGCGCCUUAGCGGUCGCAUCAAGGACACCAUCAUCGUCCAUGGCGUCUCAUAUGGUAUACCUGAGCUCGAAACCCACCUCCAAAUCGUUGAAGGAGUCACACACUCUUUCCUCGCUGCAGUUCGCUACCGCACUCCGGGGCAAGAGACAGAAGGGUUCAUUGUUUUCUACUCGCCAACUUUCGACCUCGAUGGUGCAGAUGCCUCUACCAAGCUCUUCGCCACGCACCAGGCCCUGCGGGAUAUCUGUGUGAAGAUGAUCACGCUGCCACCUCAGAUCAUUGUUCCAAUCCCUGUGAAUCAAAUGGAGAAGAGCACUCUCGGAAAAUUGUCUCGUGCGCGCCUCAUGAACAUGUUCAAGCAAGGCCAACUUGCAAAGCACAUCGCCCAUUCUGAGGAGCUGCUCAGCAAGGCACGCGGCGUUUCCUUCGUUGCCCCGUCCACCGAAACGGAAAAGGUGUUUGCCAAGAUAUAUGCUGGCAUCUUUAACAUCCCCGAAAGUGAGGUGUCGGCGAGCGACAACUUCUUCGAGAUCGGCGGUACUUCUAUUGAUGCUAUCCGACUCAAGCGCGAAGGAGAGGAGCACUUUGGUCUGCCUGACAUUCCUGCCAUCAAAAUCCUGAAGCACCCUGUUCUCUCAAGCCUGGCCAACUACGUCGACUCCUUGUUCUCCGGGGGUGCCCAGCCUGAGGAGUACGACCCUAUCGUUCCCCUUUCAGUGACCGGAAAUAAGACGCCAAUCUUCUUUGUUCACCCCGGUAUCGGAGAGGUCCUCAUUUUCGUCAAUCUUGCAAAUUAUUUCCAGAAUGAGCGUCCCUUCUACGCUUUCCGUGCUCCUGGCUUCGAUACCGGCCACCCCCUCUUCACCUCCAUGGACGAGAUGGUUUCCUGCUAUGCGGCAGCAGCCAAGAGGGUUCAGGCGAAGGGACCCUACGCCAUCGCGGGCUACAGUUACGGUGGUGUUGUCGCGUUUGAAGUUGCCAAACGGCUCGAGUCCAUGGGUGAAGAAGUGAAGUUUUUCGCUCCCAUCAACAUUCCUCCUAAUAUUGCCGGCCGCAUGCGUGAGAUCGAUUGGACAUCUUGCCUGCUCCACUUAGCAGCCUUCCUCGGUUUCGUGUCGACACAUGAUGCUAAUGAUCUACCUCCUUCCCUGAGACCGCUCCCAAGGCAGGAGCAGCGUGAUAUCGUGUGGAAGAAUGCGCCUCCUGAACGUAUCAUCGAGCUCCAGCUGACGCUCGAGAAGUUUGACAUAUGGGUGGACGUCGCCGAGUCUCUCAUCAAUUGUGGACUAGACUACAACCCAUCAGGCUCAGUUUCCGCAAUUGAUGUUUUCUACGCCACUCCCUUUGCUGGAUCCAAGAUUGACUGGCUCAACGACCAGCUCCGUCCAUGGUCUGACUUUAGCCGCGGCGAGGCAACAUAUACUGAUGUUCCCGGGGAACACCACACGCUCAUGGACUUGGAGCACGUCCCGCAGUUUCAGAAGAUGUUCCGCAGUCGUCUCGAGGCUCGUGGGCUGUAG